CGGACACAGCACAACUUCGGACGGUCUUCAGUGAACCUUAACACUCACUGACGAAUCAAUUUAUAAUACAUUGACAUGAAACAUCUGUAAUUCCUAACGAUAAAGCUUUAUUAAUUCAAUUAGUGAGUGCUUCCUGCAAUACCUGGAUUUAUCAAAUUUGGAAAGUUCCUGGGAUAUAUGUAUGCAUAUUGCUUGUUUAUAUUGUUUGUAAACAAUGUCGAUUUCUACUGACAUAAACGGGACUAUGAACAUGACGGAGAUGCUCGUACAGAUCGCCGAGAUGAAGAUUUCCCAGGCCAAACUUAUCCACUGGCAAGAGUAUACAAAUGCUAAUCUAGACCAAUUUUUCAGGAUAGGUCUCGCUAUCAUGGUAUUUCUGAUGCAGGGAGGGUUCGCCAUGUUGGAGGUCGGAUGUGUAAGAAGCAAGAAUGCUACCAAUAUACUCAUCAAAAAUCUUCUCGACGCAUGUGAGUAUCCCAAAACGAGCAAUCAUUUUUCUAAAAGCCCAAAAGAAGGGUUCUAUC